CAUGAAUUUUUCACAAAACAAAAAAAAUAGUUUUAAACAAAGAAAAAUGAAUACUGUUUUGGAACCAAAGUUUAUUGUAGGAGUAGAUUUCGGAGCAGUUUCUUCUGAAGUGUCCAUUGCGCAUGUAGAUGAUCCGUUUAACGUAUACACAGUUCACAUAUGGGGCCAGGUAGCAGAAACGUCCAUCAACCAUCCACGUCGUUUCCAUACAUCCAUCAUGUAUAUCAAGGAUGGUGAGAAAAAGCUCUUGUGUGGUGCGCAUUCACCUUACGUAGGACCGGAAGAUACUUACAUACCCAGCAUCAAGCAGUAUCUGUUUGAUCUUGCCUCAGCCGAUGAAAAGCUUGGUCAGAUGAAGGAAGGACUAACAAUCCAAACAGUGGUGACGGAUUAUCUGGAGUGCUUUAUUAAGUUGGCUUUGGAGAGAUUGCAAGCGCAUGAUAUGUUUCGUCAAAGCACCUAUUUCCAGUCAGAUUACGAUUUGGAUAAUGUGUCAAACAUUCGUUAUCGUGUAGCCUGUCCCAAGUCCCUUCAAACAUUUAUGGCGAAUUGCUUUAUUGGCGCUGGAAUUAUUGAAGAGCACGAAAAAAAGCAUCGACUGUCAUUUGUCACAGAUGUGGAAGCGAUUGCAUAUGACCAAGUGUCGCUGGAUCGAGAUAUUACUAAAUUGGUGGCUGAUCAAAGUUACUUGCUGUGUGAUGUGGGUGAGAUUUCGAUCGGAAUAGCUAAAGUCAAAGUGGAUACGACAGAGUCUAUGAGUACCGUUGAACUUAUUUAUGAAAAUUCUGAUAAUGGGUCUACUCAUUUGGAAGUCAAAUUUAGAAAGUAUUUAGAGGAAAACAGCAAUGAAUUGCAUUUGGAUCCCAUCAUCAUUGAAAAUUUGGUAGCGGUAUUUCUUCGAGAUAUCAAGUAUAAUUUCCAUGAAUGUGCUCAACGUGUGAGUUUUGGAGUUCUAAAUACUGAACACAAUCCCAUCAGUAUACCUUACGUAGACUUAGACCAUCUGGUAUUUCUACCCGUGAUUGAAGAUAUCAUACAACACAUUGCAGGUGUUUUAAAGGCACAUGGCGAUUGUAAACUUAUUCUAUCUGGAAAAUAUGCCGCUGAUAUUUUUUUCAACCAAAAAUUAAAAGAGAAAUUGAACAACAAUUUUAUAAAUGAAAAUCUUGCUAUUCUUGAAGAGUCGUACCUCACAGUUUCUUCGGGGGCAGUCUCCUCAGCAUUAAGACCAAGUAAUUUACAAACCCCUUUUGCCGCUACGGUCAACCCAGCACAGCCUAUGCUCGAUAACCAUGGUGACAAAAGUAACAAAGAAAAUGAAAAGUAUGAUUUUAUCAUCGGCAUAGAUUACGGUACUGCCUAUUCUGGAUGUUCCUAUGUCAACCUUAAAAAUGGAUUGAACACAAUCAAAACCAUUUUUGAAAAUUGGCCUGGAGGAAGUUCCGUCAUUUUUGGAAAGACACCCACCUUAUUGACACGCGACAAGAAAAACAAAACAGUGUAUUGGGGCGAAGAAGCCAAACUCAAGGCCUGUUAUAACAAACACUUGACCCUUUUCGACAACUUUAAGGUUUUGUUAUGUCCUGAGAACAAGGAACGAUCCAACGAGAACAACCUCAGCUAUUUUGAUUUUAGUGAAGAGCCCAAAAGCCCUGGAGAAGAAAAAAAGGAGAUUGCCAAAAAGCAAGACUAUGCUGUCAGUAUCAUUUCCAGUUACCUUCAACUCUUUAAGAACCACGUACUUGAAUAUAUCAUUGACAGAGAGACCGAUGACACGUUCACGUUUUAUAACAAGGGAAAGCUUUUAAAGAAGUACAAGGUCAAGUAUGUCAUCACAGUACCAGCCAUGUGGGGGUCCCAGGCGCUGGAAAUUAUGAUGCAGGCAGCUAUUGAUGCCACCAUCAUUAAAGAAAAUGAGCGGGAUGAUCUUUUGAUUAUCACUGAGCCUGAGGCAGCCGCACUUUCUUGUGAAAAGAAGUUCAAUGAAUUCUUUGAUAAACCGGAUGGCACCAACUUUAUUGUAUGUGAUGCGGGUGCAGGAACUGUAGAUUUGUUGGCGUUUCAAUUGGAUGCCAAAGAGCGACUUGAUGAAUUCGAUGAUGUCGUAUUAGAUUCUUCUAUUUGUGCAAUAGGUGGUAAAGGCAUUGGUGAGAUGUGUGGCUCCAAUUACCUGAAUAUUCGAUUCAAAAAUUAUCUGGUAAAGUUUUACAGUGAUAUGGGAGUAGAUAUUCAUGCGUCCAAAGUAAACUUUGACAGUGUAAUGCAAAAUUUUGAAAGUUAUCAAAAGAAUAAUUUUAUGCCGAGUACAAGUGCUGACAGUUAUUAUGAUAUUCCAUUGCCAGUCAGUAUUCCCAGGGAAAACAUUGAGCAAUCCAACCAAUACGUAUUAGUUAACAAUGAUAGUACACUUCGCAUGUCCAACAAAGAUAUGCAAGUAAAGGUGUUUGACCCUAUCGUGGAUACCAUUCUCGAUCUCCUCUAUCGAAAGAAAAGACAGGCAGAAGCCAACGGGAACCAAAAGAUAGAUGCCAUUUUGUUGUUUGGUGGAUUCUCGCAGUCCAAAUACCUAAAGAAACGAAUCAGUGAUGAAUUUCAAGGCAAAUGUGCUGUUCAUGUUCCCUAUACUAACGCCACUGCUAUUUCACACGGUGCGGUCUCUUUUGGUUUGAAUCCUUGUAUGGUAGUCAAGGGAUAUGCAGGACAAUCACUCGCUUUAGAAGUACAGGCUCCAUUCCAAAAGACGGAUAUAGCAGAUUCCAUGUGCAAGAUUGUCAAUGGACCUCAUGGUAUGACUUAUGCCAAGAAUUGUCUGGAUUAUUUUGUCAAGUUGGAUCAGGAGUUACACAAUGGACAGUGUAGUAUCUACACCAAAGAAGUAUACAUUGAAUACCCUAAAGAAGCUGUCAUUGCUAUAUUUUCAUGUGACUCUAGAGAGAAUUCGGACAGUCGAUUUGUAACGAGCAGCCAUAAAAAGAUAUUGGAAGCAAGAGUAGUUACACCGCCGACAGUGACUGGAAUAGAAAAGGGAGAGAUGAUUCAUUUUAAAGUGAGUCUACAGAUGAAGGGCUCCAGUAUUUAUGUUCGUGUUGAGUGUCAAAACGCCUUGAUCAAUGACAAUAUCAAGGUAGCUGCCAGUAAUGAGAAACUUUCUUUGGCGGUUGAAAAUAAAUGUACACUCAAUGUACUUAACAAGAAACCUAUGUAUAUGCAUCCUUCUAUGGCAAAAGAGAAUGCUGUUUAUGGAUUACGAGUAAAUUCGCCAAGUCGCUGAUUAACAACUAAAAAAAAGCUCCAAUAAAAAUAUAUAUAUUUAAUCGAUAAUAAAUAAAUUCUAAA